AAUCUUAUCGUCUUAUUUAUUACGCAUUACUGCAUCAAGCAGCUGUCAAUAUGAACAAUAUACCAGGUCUUAAUGCUGGUGCUCCUAUUCCGAGAAGGGAAGAAACACAUUACGUAUGCUCAAAUUGUAGAGCAAACAUUCCUAAUACAAUCGUGGAUUAUUAUUGGCGGGAUUACACUGGUGUAGUGCCCCCUGACGCCAUUAUUGGGGGUAAUGAUAUUAACGGGAGACCCACAUACAUAGGACAGGGUUUUUAUUCCAAAGCCGGUUUACUACCUGGGACAAUAUAUCCAGGAAAAUCUGAAAUAAAGUUACCCUACAACGGUUUAGUCUUGUCAACUAUAGGAGUAAAGAUUCUUUGUAGCGGAAAUCCGAAUAAUUUUUCAUGGGAAAGGGCUGAAAGUACUUCUUUACAUGUAACGACAAUUGGAAAACAUCUAGUAAUUGGGGGUUUUGAAGAUGGAAAAUACAUAAAUAUAGGAAGAGCGAUGUAUCAAGGAGAAUUAAUUGUAGGUAAAGUGCUUGGAUUUGACCCUGAAAAAGCCAGACUUUGCUUUAUUCAUGAAGAAAAAGAGAUUGUGGUCAAUUCGUAUCAAAUUUUGGUCUAUAAUAAUUGAAAUAACAAAAAAAUUACUGUUAAAAUAAAAUUUGAUAAUAUACAUAUUUUUUUUAA